CCCGCCCAUGUGACAGUUGCUCUUUCCGCGCAGCACGCGCGCAGGUGAUCGCUGUCUCUCCCCGGUGCGGACCGGAAACUGAGACCGAGAGAUCAUUAGUGCUGCUGGGGUUUAUAACUUGUGGAACGGAAGGGGUGAUGAUUAGACACGUGGUACGGUAAACAUCGUGUGUGUGUGUGUGUGUGUGUGUGUGAACCCGGUGUAAUAUGGCAGCAGCAGCAGCAGCAGCUCGGAGCUGAAGUGUCUCACCUGCGGAUGAGCCCUGAGUGGAGGACAGCGGGACCGGUCUCACCCCCCAGCCUGAGGGUUGAUUUGGCCCAACAUUUCAUCUACUCGAAAAGAAUCCGUCGUCAUGGCGCACAACGACCGCAUGGCCAUCCUCGAGGACGACGAAGAGGAGCUGAAACGAAAUGAAGCUAUUUCUGACGACUUUAAACGCCUCCAUUUGGAGGUCCGCCAGGGUGACCCCGCCCCUCUACCUCCACCUGAACCCGGUGACUCUGACCCAGAAACACCACCCAGCCCCUUCUCUGAGCGCCAGCUGGGUUGCUGUGAGCGCGUCUUCCUCCGGAUCAAUCGCGACCUUUUGGUCUCCAAAGUGUUCUACUUCUUCUUCUACGCUGCCUACGGCUCGCUGCACCCUUUGCUAGCUGUGUUCUAUAAGCAGCUGGGGAUGAACCCUUUCCAGUCCGGGUUGGUGGUGGGGAUCCGCUACUUUAUCGAGUUCUGCAGCGCCCCCUUCUGGGGCAUCGUGGCUGACCGGUACAGAAAGAGCAAAGCUGUGUUGCUGUUCUCCGUUUUCUGCUGGUUGGUGUUUAACUGCGGGAUCGGGUUUGUGAAACCGGCUUUAAAGAUCUGUACGUCGGAGAACCAGAUCGUCACAACUACAGCUUUGGCUACAACUGUAGCCAACACCAACAUGACAUUAUCACCAGUGGUAGCGUUCACCGAUGUGACUUUUAGCUUAAACACUGUCUUAACCAACGGGACUGUAGCGCCAUCGGUAACUCCAUCUGUACCUUCACCCAGUAGGACCGGAGCAACAGUUUUACCCAGUCCAUCAGUAAAUAGCUCUAGGCAGCGCAGAGACCUGAUUGGCCAUGUCUCUGGUUUGUCUUUGCUGUCGUCCAAUCAGGAGUUCAGUUCACAGCGCAGAUUCCAGCGAGACACUAAUCUUAGCAUAAGUGCAGCUACAGAUCUCCAGACCAUGACUACAGGACCUGCGCAGACUUUUACCACACACACACCACCCACAACCUCAGAUAACAUGAGCUCCACCUCCACACCUCCAACCCCCGACUACAACCCCGACCAAGUGCAGGCCAUAUUCCUCCUCAUCCUGCUGGUCGUCAUCAUCGGCGAGUUCUUCAGCGCGCCUGCAGUCACCAUCGUAGACACGAUGACCCUGCAGUACCUGGGUAUCCACCGUGACCGCUAUGGGCUACAGAGGAUGUGGGGUUCUCUGGGUUGGGGGUUGGCCAUGCUCUCAGUGGGCAUCUGGAUCGACCACACCUGUGUCUUCUACCUCAAUGAUGGUGACAGCGGGUGCAACUUGGUCAAGUUCAAGAACUACCAGAUCGCUUUCAUUGUUUUUGGCGUGCUCAUGGCGGCGGCGCUGGUCAUCGCCACGCAGUUCCGGUUCGAGGUGCGGCAUCCCGGGGGGCAUGCAGGGAGCCAGACCGAGCAGGGUUCCUCGGGUGGGAUGGAGCAGCUCGGCGGUCAGGAGUUUCGCUACAUGGAGCUCUUGCGUCUUCUGUGCGGCGUGCGCUACAGCACUGUGCUCUUCGUCGCCUGGUUUAUGGGCUUCGGAUACGGCUUCGUCUUCACCUUCCUCUACUGGCACUUGCAGGACCUGAAUGGCACGCCCACGCUCUUCGGGGUGUGUUCCAUCCUGAGCCAUGUGUCCGAGCUCGCCGCGUACUUCACCAGCCACAAACUGAUCGAGCUGGUGGGGCAUAUAAGGGUGCUGUAUAUAGGCCUGGCGUGUAACACGGCUCGCUAUCUGUACAUCUCGUACCUGACCAACGCCUGGACGGUGCUGCCUAUGGAGGUGCUGCAGGGUGUGACGCACGCGGCUGUCUGGGCGGCGUGUAUCUCGUACCUCAGCGCCGCCGUCCCCCCCGCCCUCCGCACCUCGGCUCAGGGAAUCCUACAGGGUCUCCACCUCGGCCUGGGCAGGGGCUGUGGCGCCAUGCUGGGGGGCAUCCUGGCCAACUACUUCGGACCCGCUGAGACGUUCAGGGGGAUCGGAAUGACCUCACUUGUCAUCCUCCUGCUCUUCGCCUUCAUCCAGAGCGUCACGGAGAAGGACAAGGAUGUGGAGGAUAAGAUGCUGGCUGAGAACAUCCCGGUUCCCUCCAGCCCGGUCCCCAUAGCAACCAUAGACCUGAUGCCCAACUCUGAGGUCGUGACCCCGAGCGUCCACCAGGAGCCUAAACCGCCGGUCCGGAAAACCCGGCACCAGGAGGAGCAGGAGGACAACGCCAAACCCGCGUGGGCGCUCAGCGUGUCGCCGUGGGUCACCGUCGCCUUCGCUCUGGUCCAGAUCAGAGACCUGAUCAUCAUGAGGAAGUUACACACCCUCACCGAGAUCCAGCCCCUACAGGACCCAGAUAACUGUCCUGAACCACACUCACAGGAUGAGAGUUCCUCCUCCGGAUCUCGAGGGAGCGCAGCGCAGGCUGAAGGUUCUCCCAAUGGAUCGCAUACCCUGCAGGACAGGGCGUUGUCUCUGGAGGGCUCCACAUGACCAAAGCUCACUCACACACACACACACACACUUUAACUAAGCACUGAUCAUGAAGGACUCUGUUUUUAAUAGAAUUUAUUUUUAACAGCUGCACUAGGUGUGUGCCAAUAAUAACAAACGAAUCACAAUACGCACAUUUUAUCAAAAUAAAGCCAGGAUGAAAGGACAAGCUGUUAUUGUUAAUUAGCAAUUAUUACUGUGUUAUUAUAUUAAUAUAAAAGUCUGUAUCAUAAACACCUGCUGUGUUUUGGGGUUGUGCCUGCUUUUAAGUUAUUUUCUGUAUUUCUGUAGUUUUAAGGUCCAAUAUCCUGUAAAGAACGACAUCUGAUUACUGAGUGUUAUCAUAAACUCUGAAAAAACCA